AUGUCUGAAAAUUCGGAGCCGAUUCUCUCGCUGAGCUCGUCGCCUCCUGAUCUGGCGCGAGUUUUUCCUUCAAUUGCGAAAUCGUCAUCGAUCGCUCUCAUUCCGGAAAUUAUCGGCGUCGAAACAGAAACUGGCGGAAAGAAGAGACAGCUCGAUGCGACGGAUGGCGAUUCUUCGGAGCCACUUCCGAGGCUCGGAAGAAAUGAGCCUGCCACCUUUUCGCUGUUGUUUGUGCCGACAACGAAGAUACACAACCGGGAAAUCAACUCUGCCGAAUUGGCAGAACAUUUGAAAGCGAUCGGGUAGGAAAAGUUAAAGAUGGCUUACAGUUUCAGUUACAUUCUUCCAGAUUCGACGUGAAUCCGGCCGAAGUUUCUCCGGUCUUUCCUUGAGAUGAAUAGCAAUAUUCGCCUCUGAUUAACAACACGGUGAUGUCAUGACCACGCUCUUUUGCCAAAGUCACAGAAAGAAGAAGCUGCCACGCUCACCGAUUAGACUCGGUGGCCACGUCUACAGGGUAUAUGAGGAAGAGAAACCCAGUUCAGCCCCACUCUUUCCAAAUGGAUGGUACUAUUACUGUAUCUCUCUUAUUCCUCUGAUUCGACGUUAUUGCGAUGCAAGAAGUCGAACUCUCUCUCUCUCGUCCUCUUUUCGACGUUAUUGCAAUGCAAGAAGUCACUUUAUCAAAGAGUAUUCCAUUUCUGAAUGAAUUAUUAGUUGAAUUUAGAACAUUAUUGUGGAAAUAUAAUAGAACAAAGUGUAUGUAUUUCAAAACUGUCGACGAUUCCAGAAUUGGGGGGUGGGAGGGGGACAAGAAAUUGGUCUUACGGGACAGUUACAUCAAGUGUCUGAAAUGAAUAUUGCACAAGUAAGAACACGAAUUGAGAAGUUAUAAAAAGAAAACAGUGGCAGAAAGGGGAAAAAGGCAACACGUGUAUUUUCGAUAUACAAAAAUGGUUCUGGAACGGAUAUUGUACAGGAAAAACAAACAAGUUGAUAGUUUAAGAAGACAGUGAUCAAAUGCAAGAUCGAUGAACAAAAUGGAAGGGAGGAAAUGAAUAGCACAACUUGAGCGUUCCGGAAAAUUAUUUGAGAAGGGAUCAGGAGAAGUAAUGGAAACAAUCAGAAAUGGAUGGGAAAGACGAUCUCGUACAAUGUCACGUGGAAAAUCAGCGGCCACCGUAAAUUCGCCAGAUUGAAUUCACACGGAGAGAUUUCAGGGGCAGCGGAAGGAGAAGAAGAAGCUUGUUCUGUCCUCACAAGCCCGCCAUCUCGCCGAGGAGAGCUCUUCUCUGUGCUUCUAACCAGAUUUUGGCCUGAAAACAGUUUCAUACACUUUGAAACUUUUAAUCCGUAUCAGUUGGAAAACAACUAACGAAAAUGAUAUGAAAAACUCGACAUGCGAACACGAACACUCUCUCUCUCUCUCUUUCUCUUCCUCCUUCCGACGUUAUUGCAAUGCAAGAAGUCGAACUCUCUCUCUCUCUUCCUUCUUCCGACGUUAUUGCUACGCAAGAAGUCAAUCACUCUACCACCUCUCUCUUCUUCCUCGGUUUUUGGUAUUUUAUAUAUUUAAACAUAUUUUUCAGGAUUUUUAGGAUUCAAACACAUAAAUUAUCUCAUUUGUUUCCAGAUUUUUUUCUGACGGCCUCUCAGUUUUCCGUCUUACUGGGGAGAAUUGGGGUAGACAACAUCAUCGCUAAUUUUGCUAAUCUUUUUCUUUUUCUCUCUCUCUUCCCACUAGCCGAGUGUCGAGCAAAGGGUCAAUUGGGCCCCCCUAAACUCUCUCUCACCCCUCUUUCUAUCUCUUCCCGCACUAUUUCGCUGUAUUGAUCGGGUGUGAGAGGGGUGAAAGAAAGAGGGCAAGUGAGAAGAGUGGCGGGGAGAGUGAGAGAGGAAACGAGUGAGUGUGUGUAUGCGAGAGGGUGUGUGUCUGCUGAUGUGUGCGUGUCGGUUACUUUGCUGUCUGCGCAUAACACAACGAUUCUCGUCCUGUUUUCUAGCAUAUCCGCGUUAUUCUGCGUGUUCUUCCUGUGCUCUCUGAACGCUCUCGUUUCUUGAAUUUUACGCAUUAUUUUAAACGUUUCCUCAGUCAUAUACAUGUUUGUAGGCACUCGUGCAAAAUGAGCGGAGAAGUCGAAGCAGCACCGGCCAUAAACGUCGCUAUGAAUGGCGACAAUGUCGUCGCGAAGAAACCAAAAAGAGGACCUCUUCCGGAGGAUCAAGUCGCUCUCCUCGAAGCCGAAUUUGAGAAGUGGGACUACAUCACGACGUACAGAGCCCGUCAGCUCGCGGGAACCACGAUUGCUCUGAACGUGGACCAGGUAAAUUUAUUGCGGCAUAAUAUUAUGAUAUAGUAUAAUAAUAUGCGGGGUUGAAAUUAAUUGGGACGUGAUCGAUAAGCAAAUACUACAUCAAAUCGAAAUUCAAAUUACUCAAAAAAGAUAGAGAGAAAGAGUCUGAACACGGCCCAGAAAUGUCCUCCAAUCAAGAGCAUCCGAUUCCAUCGAUUUCAUCUUUUGGAUCCUCUAAUUUCGGCAGACAUCCAUUUCCGUGAUACACUUCUUCUGUCGACUCCUUCUGUUAUUGAUAACCAAGAGACUAUCAGGUCCGCCAGAUUGUCAUCUGAUCGCUAGCUUCCCUUCCUUAUCCCAGACGUACUCUACUGAUCGGUGAACGUUUCUUCCUCCAGUUCAUUUGUUUGAAGAAUCAGUCUGACGGUCGUGGAUAAGGGCCGUUUAUCUGAAACACACAUUAUCAUUAGUGUUAUCGGACAGGUUGUUGUUUAAGAGAAAUAGAUGAAAAGAGAGCAAUCUUAUCGUUUUUGUGCAAAAAAAAAAAAAGUACAUAUACCACGCAACUCCAAAUCUUUCUUCAUAUGAUGAUUUCAGAUUCUCAAUUGGUUCUCGAGAGAAAAUGGCAGAAGAAAAAGAAAAGCGGAGGAGGAAAUGUUCGCGGAGCUCGAAAAGGAGCGACCGCGGCUCCGCUCAAAGACUAAGUGCCCAUGGGCAACGUCGAACAAGGAGAAUGAGAAUGUGGAGACCGAGGAGAGAGUGGAAGCUCAGAGAGAAGAAUUGGGAGAGGUGGCCGAUGCCGCCGAUGCCGCCGAUGCCGCCGAUGCCGCCGAUGCCGCCGAUGCCGCCGAUGCCGCCGAUGCCGCCGAUGCCGCCGAUGCCGCCGAUGCCGCCGAUACCGCCGAUGCCGCCGAUGCCGCCGAUACCGCCGAUACCGCCGAUACCGCCGAUACCGCCGAUGCCGCCGAUGCCGCCGAUGUCGCCGAUGGCAUCGUUCACAAAGAGGAUACUGUCGCUGCAAUUCCGAUCGUGGAGAACGACGUCCCGCAGCCACGGCCAGUGGAAGAACUUCCUCUCGUUCAGAUGGAAGAGCCGGUUCUUCCAGAAGAGAUUGUGAUAGCCCCAGCUCCCCUGGAGGAAAACGCCGGUCCACCCAUUCAAAGAAGAACCGCCGAGGAGGUUCUCAACGAUCCCCACUUUGUUUGGAUUCCUCUGUUGAAAAUAAACUAUAAGGAGAAGGGAAAGAGAACCAUGGGAGAGACGGAGGCGACGAACUGGGAAGUGCUUAAACAAAAACUCAUCAAGUACUUCACAGAAAACUACCAUGAAAUGAGUCACCGGAAAAACACCGAUUUUGCCGCAGCGCAUGUCGAACAGGAGCACCGACAGACCGUGAGUUUUUCCAAUGAAUACAGAACGCGCAUGAAUAAGGGUUGGACAAAAAAAAGUUGAAUAGAGAGAAAGAGAGAGACAGGCAGACAGAGAGACAGAGAGCGAGUGUUCGUGUUCGCAUGUCGAGUUUUUCAUAUCAUUUUCGUUAGUUGUUUUCCAACUGAUACAGAUUAAAAGUUUCAAAGUAUAUAAAACUGUUUUCAGGCCAAAAUCUGGUUAGAGGCACAGAGAAGAGCUCUCCUCGGCGAGAUGGCGGGCUUGUGA